AUGAGCGGCACGGCUGGGUCCAACGGAGCGUCUGAUACUGCCGCUGCCACGGCGGCAGCCCUUCGCGGUGCCUCGCUUGCGUUUGGGCGGCAAAAGAAGGCGGAAGACAACUCUCGACAGCAUCUUCAGUCACAACAGCACCUCCCUCUUCCUAAACAACAACAACGGCGACAACCCUCCGUCUCGCCCUCCCGCGAUAGCACCAUAUCCAAUACCCAAGCCGCUAAUGCCCUCCUGGCGGCAACGUCGGCGGCAGCGUCAUCACGGGAUGCUUCGGUUAGUAGCAUUGGAACGCGCUCUGGUGAACGGGCUGGAUCGAGCUUACUGCGGCCGGUGUCGCCGGGCCAGCGGUCGACGGCAGCGAGAAGCAAUAGUAGCAGUAGUCGGAGCCGGAGCCGGAGCCGGAGUCGAGGAGCAAACGCAUCGAGAGCAGUCACAGUGUCGUCAUCAGCACGCGAUCUUGUGACGUCAACUUCACCGGGGAUCGUACCAUCACCGCAUCCGGCCGUCAGCCGCACACGAACGGUUGGUGUUAACAACAAUACUGCCGGCGGCAGAUCGUUGGCAGUGCCCAUAUCAACUCCCAAACCUCUACGUCAACCACGGUCAACAUCCUUUCUUGCCGCGACGCGAGCUGCCAGCCAAGCAGUGAGUCCAGGGAUCACACCAAACCAUACAGGGCAGCAGGGAGGGCGAGGGAGCAGCGUUGGGACUCUUUCAGCUACGAACACGGGCGGGCCUGGUCCGGUACCAGCACAUUUGUCAGCUGCCCUUCUGGCAUCAGCAGCGAGCGAAGAAAAGCGACGGGCAGCGGCCGCGACUGCCGCUGCCAAUCUUGCGGCCGACGCCUCACGAGUCAACGAUGAUAUGGCCCGCUACGGUAUCCGACUUGGACAACGCGAAAAUGAGGAUUGGGCGGAGGCGGACGAGGAGAACGACCUAGACUCGUCAACCAUACCAGCCACAUCGGCUCUUGUCUCCAUGUUUGAGAAGGGAAGCAGCCGGGGGAAAGAAAAGAAAGAACCGAGACGUGUCAAAGCGGACGACCUCAGUAGCGUCGGUAGCAGCCCUGUACGGCCGCCGAAACUGAAAUCGUUUACGCCGCCACGAUCGGACACCCGCAAAGACACCCGCAAAGACACCAACGAAGACACCUACGCUGGCACGGAAUCCGGCUACGCCAAUAACCGUGGAGCCCACAAAGCCAUCUCCACGGCGUCCUGCAAAGCCCCCUACUAA